CUUAUGGAUGUGGGCAGCCCACCUAUCCUACUGUUCUAUCGAGGGUCAUGGGGAGUAAGGAUGCACGCCCACACAGCUGGCCCUAGCUAGGUAGAUGCACAUGUAUUAUUUUAAAUGGUGUACAAUAACUGUGUAACUAUUAGCCCACCUGCAAAAAAAAAGCAGUACAGAAGUGUACCACCAUUGCAGUGGCACCCUCAUUUCCAAAGAGUGGGUUUUGACUGCUGCUCACUGCCUCUAAGUCUUGCUUUGUGGGUUAGGGUGACUUAAUUUGUCUGAUGCACUUUAAGAGUUGACUAAAGAUCAGUUUACCGAGGAAAUUCUCUACUGGAAAACUACUUUAGAGAUGUUAAGGUAUAUGCUGAGGAUCUUAAAAGGAAGCUAUAGUUAAAAAUAAAAUAAUACUAUGGUAUUCUUUUAAGUACCUUACCGUGCCAUGUAAAUAUGUAUGAUAUAUACCAAAGUACCAUGGUGUUAUGAGUUUUUUAAGAUUACUACACAUUGGGCCCACCGCAGUACUUUUGUCAAUGACUUGUUGAUACUUGCUUGGUUUGUCUUUCCUGCAGUAAUUUCCUAAAUUACAGAAUGCAUCUGGGAAAACAUAACAUGUAUGAGGAAGAGAGUGGAUCUAUCAUCAUCUACAUUAGCAAGAUUGUUCUCCAUCCUGGCUGGAAUUCUAAAAAUUUACAGUGUGGAGAAUAGUACUUAACCAGGGGUGUAGAAAUCAUUUCACAAGUGAGAAGGUUGCAGGGUUACAUAUAUAAAUAAUAUUAAUUAAACUAUAAUUGUCUGCGUUCGCUCAAAAUGAUUUUCUGAAAUCAAAACAGGGACGAUAAUAGGUGAGCGCCAGCCAAUGAGAUUGUCGUUUCCGCAUUAGCUCCGCCCACUUUCAGAGAACCCAGCAGUUCUUAAAAGCUGAAGAAUUCCAAAGGAACUCCGUUAUUUUGACAGGAAAAUACAAGAAAGAAUAUCGUUUACAUGUAGCGCGUCAAUUCUGCAUGUUAUGAAAGACUCUCUUGCUCUGUAUCUUUCUUUGCGUGCGUGUAUGUAAGAGAAAGCGACGGCGAGCCGUGCGCUUCACACCAGAGUUUAUGGCAUGUCAAAUACAGCUACACUGCGCAUCCAUUCAGAUGAACUGAAAAAUUAAAUUCUAAUAAUAUAAUAUAGUAACGCCACAUUUUAUUGUCAGUAACGGUAACGGCGUUGUAACGGGGGAAACAGUAAUUCGUUUGAUUACUCGUUACUGAAAAAAAUAACGCCAUUAGUAACGCCGUUUAUUUAUAACGCCGUUAUUCCCAUCACUGCUUUUAAGUACAAAAUUAGUGCGCGAAAAUAGAGCACUUUAAGUACAUUAUGGAAGUGUACUUGUUUUUCACCUGGGAAUUACAGUCCACGCUGACGUUUUUUAUUGCUGGAAACUAUUUUGUAUACAUCUUCAGUUAAACCAAAGGUUAUGUAAUUUCUAGUAAACUCAGAUACCAAAUGAACUAAAAUCUCAAUCUUUGACCACUUUAUUGAACAUCUGAAUUUACACACACACACACACACACACACACACACACACACACACACACACACAAUGGUCUAAUUAAACACAAAACGUAAAUAUAUAUUUGUUUCAUGAAAAGUGCAUGGGAUGAAUAUUAGUCUUGUGGGAGGAAGACCCAUGUCUUGAAAAUUUUGUGCAAAGAAUGUACUUCACUAUGUAUUCACCAUCAGCCCUGCAUGUCUUCCUCCAGAUGGGCAUGUUCUGCCCCACAAUGCUCCCUGUUAUGUCACUGGUUGGGGAUGUCAGAACAGUAAGUAAUGCUGAUGGUUGUGGAUAACAUUUUUUAGAGAGCAACUCUUCUUAGAAUAUUUCUCGCCCUCUUUUCCAAUAUCAUUAACUAGCCAGUGGUCCCAUUUCUGGUGCACUGCAGCAGGCUGUCCUACGUGUGGUGGAUAACACUUGACUCGAGUGGUGGGGCUCUCAGGUCACACAAAAAAUGAUCUGCGCUGGUGGAGAUGGUUAUGUUUCAGGAGGUUGACAAUGGUGGCCCCCUAAAUUGCGCUGGUAGCAACGGUAUCUGGGAAAUGUUUUAUCCCAUAUGAGUCCAAAUACCUGCUUAAUACUCAAGAGGCCCAACAUUUUCACUCAUGUGAGCGCCUAUAUUGACUGGAUCGGCAGCGUAAGUGUUUUAUGACAGCAAACAUGCAGACAAAUUACGCUACAUGUCCUUUUGGACAGUGUUUAUCAUUAUAGAAACUAAUACUAAUAUUUUCCAUUUGUUAUCUUUUACAGAGCAUGGCCAGCUAUUAAAAAUCAAAUAGAAAUAGGAGUUCUUAUUAAGGGUCACAAAGUUUCCGGCUGUUCAAAAAUUGUUACAUUGCUUUCCAUGCAGUUUGCCAAAAAGUCAGAAAACCUUUAUUGUAGCUUGUCAAACACUAAAAUAUGAAAUACAUGAGAAUUCUAAAACUCAAAGUUUAUUCGAAAUUGAGCUUUAUCUAGUGGAGUUUUACAGUUAAAAAAGUCUGUCAAAGGUUGUUUUUGCUUGUUAGUUUCUUGUUUGUUAUCUUUACUAGACUGUUACACUAAAUACAAAUACUGUACGAUAUUAUUUACACUACCUAAGUGUGCAAAUAGCCACUACAAGUAGUCAUUGCAAAAAACAUCAAUUUUUUUUAGUGUGUGUCUAUACAACUAAUUUAGAAGAAAAAUAUAUGGGUCAAAUUGAUCCGUAACUCAACAGAAAAUAUAAGGAAAUUCUUACUACAUUAGAGUUUUUAUGUCCUUACAUGAAUCUUUAGCAUUUUUCAUAUAUCUGAUUUUUAGAAACUUGGGUGGAAACCAAUGUGGGUAAAUUUGACCCCCAACAGAGAAGCUGUACCCAGUUUUUAAACACAACAAAAGGGUUAACAUAAUAGAUACACAGUUCAAAUGCAUGUAUGUCCUUUGUGAUUUAGUUCUUUGAACACAAUGGGGUUUUUUUUAAAUGGUAUUUGAUACAAAAUUCAUAACAUUGAUCAUGUGUCGGUGAGGUCUUAUAGCUCAAUGACAUUUCCAUUACAGCCCAGUGGGCGGCAGUGUGGUGUUUUAUUUAGAGAGGGGUCACAUUUUUCAGGUUCCUCAAGACAACUUCACAUGCCAAGUCAGAUUUUAGAAACGUAGCUAUUAUUGGAAAUACUGCUAAACGAAUUAAACGUGCACUCAGAAAUGUACAAUAACUAUAAAAAUAUAAACACAAACAAUGGCAAAGACUACAGAUUAUAAACAACAAGUGUGCAUUAAACCCACAUUGCAGAGGAACGUUCACACAUUAAGGACAUUGUUAAACAAUGUGGAGGAAUCUCUGCUAACAGUCAACAAAACAGCAAAAAGCAAAGCCAAAAAUACAAGUUUCAUGAUACAUGAUUUAAGUGGCCCACCAUUUAUAAAACUAACCUGGACAGCACUACAAACCUGCUACAAUUCAUGUAGCAAUCCACCAACAUUAUUCUCACUACCUUUGUACUGAAUAAAUGAAUACUAAAUAAACAAAUAAUAAAGUUAUGUCAGUGACCAGAGCAUUACAUGCAGCCUGUGAAAUGCACAGAUGACAUGCUGAUAUGAACAGAAACAACCUUGUGCACAAAGCCAUGCUAUAAAAAAACAACAACAACUAUAUAUUUCAUAAUAUCAGAUUUUUUUAGCUGAGUUUUGUGAGGGGAAAUGAGCAAUUAUGAAUAUAUUCAUAGCUAUUAUGAAAAUAUAUAUUAAAAAAAUAUUUUUAAAAAAAGCCUUUUUAAUAUGAUCUUCAUUUGAAUACACUUAUCCAAAGUUUUGGUGCAAAUAAAAAGGAGAAACUGUAUAAUAGGUGUUUUUUAAUUAAAUUAAAUGUGAGAACACAACAAAUGUUCAGGUACAAAUUACAUUAAAAUGAUUAGAUUGUGAAUUAGCCUGUGAACUAUCAAAGUCAAAGUGUACCCAAAGAACCACCAAGGGGCUAUUUUAUUUGUUUUUCCUAAAGCAGUCAAGGACAUUCGUUCCAAACGAUUGCUUAACAGUGGUCAUACAUUACACUGCAAGUGAAUUGGCCUUGGCCAGUAUAUAAACCCCAGAAGAGAGAGCCAACUUUGAAGAUACAACCAUGAUGAAGUUUGUGGUCCUGGCUGUUCUGUUUGUUGGAGCUUACGGAUGUGGGAUUCCCACCAACCCUCCUAUUAUAUCGAGGGUUGUGGGGGGUGUGGAUGUCCGUCCAAACAGCUGGCCCUGGCAGAUCUCCCUUCAGUACAAAAGCGGCAGCAGCUGGUACCACACUUGCGGUGGAACCCUUAUUUCCAAUCAGUGGGUUCUGACUGCUGCUCACUGCAUCAGCAGUAGCAGAACUUACAGGGUGUUUCUGGGAAAACAUAACCUGAAGGAGGAGGAGAAUGGAUCUGUGGCCAUCAGCGCUGGAAAGAUCAUUGUCCACGAGGGCUGGAACUCCUUCACUAUCCGUAAUGACAUUGCCCUGAUCAAACUGGAGAGUGCCAUCACUCCAAGUAGCACUGUCACUCCUACUUGUCUGCCUGCUGAUGGGAAUGUUCUGCCCCACAAUGCUCCCUGCUAUGUCACUGGUUGGGGACGUCUCUACACCAAUGGACCCAUUGCUGAUAUCCUGCAGCAGGCUCUCCUGCCUGUGGUGGAUUACGCCACCUGCUCUAAGUCUGACUGGUGGGGCUCUCAGGUCACACAAAACAUGGUCUGCGCUGGUGGAGAUGGUGUUGUUGCUGGAUGUAAUGGCGACUCUGGUGGCCCCCUGAACUGUGCUGGUAGCAACGGCGCUUGGGAGGUCCAUGGUAUUGUGAGCUUUGGUUCAGGACUGAGCUGCAAUUAUAACAAGAAGCCCACCGUUUUUACUCGUGUGAGCGCCUACAUUGACUGGAUCAGCAAGAACAUGGCCAGCUACUAAAGAGCAAACAGAAAAUGGGUUUUGUAUCAUCGAUGCCUUGAACAAUAAAAAUAUUAAACGGCACAUAAAGUUGUGUAUGUAUUUGCUCUAUACAUUACUAUAAUAAAUUAUUAUAAACACCUGGUUUAAAUUCACUUAUGACCUAUAUGAUUUAGUAACUUUAAUAGCCUACAAAGUUGCUGUUAGUGGUAUUUAAAAUGAUAAGAUCUCAUAGCUCAGUACGUGACACUUCCAUUAAGCUCCGGCAGGUGGCAGUGUGGUCUUUUAAUUGAAAGGGGCCCGUCCAAGACAAUGUUAUGUGCAAAGAC